UUCCCAUCAAAAAAAAAAAUAUAUAUAUAAUGUUAGCUUAAACUCCCCUCUAUAGACACCAAAAAAAAUGGAUACUCCAAAGCAAUACCUUCCACCACUUUUCAUAUUGAUCAUCUUCUUGACUACAACAUCAUCACAUGCCGGCCAUGAAAGCAACAUUCUGGUUACCAACGAUCCACCAUCAACAAAUUCUGUGUUUCCUACCGGAAAAUUAACUGUGGAAAUCAUAAACGAUCUCGGUAAUCAGCUAACGUUAUUGUAUCACUGUAGAUCAAAAGACGAUGAUCUUGGCAACAAGACUUUGCAGCCAGGUGAGUCGUGGUCUUUUAGAUUUAAGCGUCAAUUCUUUGGAAGGACACUGUUUUAUUGUGAUUUUCGAUGGCCGAGGUCUCCAAAUAAAUUGUAUUGGUUCGAUAUAUAUAAAGACCAUCGAGAUAGUUCCGGUGAUAACUGGUGCGAGAAGUGUGUAUGGAAGGUAAGACAAACCGGACCUUGUAGGUUCAACGAUGAAACUAAGCACUUUGAUAUUUGUUAUUCUUGGAAUAAGUCUUUGUCUUGACAACCAUCGAUAUGCUAUUUGUACUAAUGGAUUGCAUUUUUUAAUAAAUAACAGAACAGAUAAACUUAGUUCUUGCUGAUGUGUCUUCUAUGACUGACGAGUUUCACUGUUUCAAACAUAAUAUAAAACAUAAGAUUUCUAUUAUUCCCAACUUUUUAUAUGUUGGUAAUCAGUAUUAACUUCAGCAUUCGAUGCUACAAAGAUAAUAUACCCAAGCUAUUUUACAUUAAAGCUGAAACACAGAGACAA